GUUACCCGGUAGAUAUAUCGAGUGCAACCCAGGAAGCUGACUUGUGUUUACUUCGUGUAGCAUACAGUCUGUUAACAGAAAUGGCAGACGAGUCUCUGUUUGACUUUCUCCAUAUGGAGAUCGUGUCACAUAUUUACAAGGAGCAGCAAUCCAGUAAAGAAGAGAUGGACAACAAGGACAGGGCUGUCUGUGUCUCUGUCCUUGAAAGCAUGGGCUUCAGGGUAGGACAAGGACUCAUUGAGAGGUUGACCAGGGACUCUCCCAGCUUCAAAGAUGAGUUGGAUGUAAUGAAGUUUGUCUGUAAAGACUUCUGGACGAAGGUGUUCAGGAGGCAGGUUGACAACCUCAGAACAAACCAUCAGGGUACGUAUGUCCUGCAGGACAACAAGUUUUCUCUGCUGACUCAGCUCUCCAAUGGAAAACAGUACCUUGAUCAGGCUCCUAAGUACCUUGCUUUUUCAUGUGGCAUUGUGAGAGGAGCUCUGUCUAACCUUGGUCUGGACAGCGUGGUGACAGCUGAGGUCUCUGUUAUGCCGUCCUGUAAAUUCCAAGUGGUGGUCCAGAAGUUGUGAUCUGAACUCCCGUGCUACCCUGGAGCUGCUGAACAGGGCCAUGUGGGGUUCUCUUAAUUCUAAAGAGAGGAUAUUAGUUCCUGUCCAACCACAGAGGGAGUCACACGCCACCCUAAUUUACUCACCCGGUCAAACAGGACUAGCCAGGUUCUGCUGACAACCAGAGCAGUUGCAAUGUUGAGUGCCCAAAUGUAGAGGUCUGACUAAGAAAUAUUUGAACAUGAAAAAGAAUUUAGGAUAAGACAUCAACCACCAUACCAUCUCUUUUAGCAUCUAUCCAAAUAGUAGCUAGUGAGCCUUUUGGCACAUCAGAUUCAUUAUGAACCACCUGUUCCUCUGCAGACACACAGAACCUGUACCUGGUUCCUGGUGCUUUGUUCUGCCUUGGAGCAGAUUGCCUUUAGGAGCUGACUGUCUCAUGCAUGCUGGUGGUCUUUUAAAUUCCAGUUCAUUUGAAGGCAAAAUGCAAAUCUAGAAUGAGUCAUUCAUACAGGACUUUUAGUUUAAUUAUGUUCUAUUAUUAGAUGUGAUAACAGUUCCUGAGAACCACUCAAACUGAACAGAUUAUAAUUUUUUUUUUGUACCAAGAUGUAAAUGUUUUUUACAGCAUUGAUAUGAGUUGUAUGUAGUGUUGAUAUUUUCCUCGCAUACAGUAAACUGCAACAUGGAUUUAUGGGUUACAUUUGUUGAUGUUACUUUGUUUUGUAUAAAAAAUCUCCUCAAAUAUGAAUACUAAAACAGCUUA